AUGAAUCUGUCUUAUGAUGUUGAGGCAUCCCCGCACAUCCAUGGUUCUCUGUCCUUUAUCAUGAAGUCCCAAAUAAGAACAAAACAUAACUACUAUAACCCAUAUUCACCUGCUCUUCUACAGUUUUGGAAGAAAGCAUUUUACUGUUCAUAUUUAAAGCACGUGUUGUCUGUCAGAGGUUGGCAAAGGUGCACAGAGAAGGAGAACUUGGAAUCUCUGCCCCAAGAGGAGCUGGAGAGAGUCCUGUCUCAAGACAGCUACAGAACCUACUUCAGUGUCCAAAUCAUGGCUCAGGCCUUAAAUGCUGCAUAUUCACCCAAAUCCAAGUGGAUGUUGAUGGUGGGUGGAGGAGACAGGGUGGAAUCUCCAAGGCUGCAGUCAUGGCAGCUUCACUCUUUCUUGAGAGAAAUCCAGUUUUUGAAUGCAUCCAUGGGUGGCCUGCAUUUUGAUGAGAAUGGGGAGCUGCCUGUCCACUAUGAUAUUGAGAACUGGGUGAUGCUUCCAAAUAAGUCUUGUGACAGAGUGAAAAUUGGGAGUGCAGAGAAAGAGGCAUCUACUGACAUAAAGUUAGCCAUUAACCCAGAAGCCAUUGUGUGGCCCAAGUUGUUUAACAAGACUGUGCCUCACUCCAGGUGUACUGAAAGCUGUCGCCCUGGAUACAAGAAGGUUGUUCAACAAGGGGAGCCAGUUUGCUGCUAUGCUUGUGCUCCGUGUGCAGAAGGGACCAUCUCCACUCAGGAAGAUGCAGAUGACUGCAUCAAAUGUCCAGAUGAUCAGCAUCCAAACACAGAACAAGAUCAAUGUAUUCACAAAACUACCAACUUCCUGGCUUAUCAAGAACAUUUGGGGAUCAUCUUAGCUUCCAUUUCCCUAUUCUUGUCCUUAAUCACUGGCUUUGUUUUAGGAAUCUUCAUUAAAUUCUUAGAAACUCCCAUAGUCAAAGCCAACAACAGGGACCUCUCCUUCAUCCUCCUCAUCUCCCUCCUGCUCUCCUUUCUGUUAUCCUUCCUGUUCAUCGGCCAGCCAAGGAAAGAGACCUGCCUUCUCCGACAAACAGCCUUCAGCAUCAUCUUUUCAGUUGCCAUGUCUUCUGUCUUGGCAAAAACCAUCACUGUGGUGCUGGCCUUCCUAGCCACAAAGCCUGGGAACAAAGUGAGAAGAUGGCUGGGGAAGAGUCUGGCCAACUCCAUAGUCAUUUCCUGCACCUGUGUCCAAGUUGUCAUCUGCACCAUCUGGUUGGGGAUCUCUCCCCCAUUCCCUGAGUCUGAUAUGCAUUCCCAAACUAGAGAGAUCAUCCUGCAAUGCAACGAAGGGUCCGUGACCAUGUUUUAUAGUGGCCUCGGCUACAUGGGCUUCCUGGCUGCCAUCUGCUUCACGGUGGCUUUCCUUGCCAGGAAGCUGCCUGGGGCUUUCAAUGAAGCCAAGCUGAUCACCUUCAGCAUGCUGGUCUUCUGCAGUGUUUGGGUCUCCUUUGUGCCCACCUACCUGAGCACAAAGGGGAAAUACAUGGUAGCCGUGCAGGUCUUCUCCAUCUUGGCCUCCAGUGCUGGGCUUCUGGGGUGCAUCUUCAUGCCCAAGUGCUACAUUAUUGUCCUCAGGCCUGAUCUGAAUACAAAGGAGCACUUAACCACAAAAAUGAAAGAUGACCUCUGA